AUGAAGCGGUGGUGGCGGACCGGUGCGACCUUGUUGGUCGGAGCAGGACUCGGAGCUUCGGUGAGCGGCCUGCUUGGUGGCAGAGGUGGAGUGGAGGAGGUGGAAGAAAAGAGUUUGCUGAGCAGAAUCCCGGUCCUCCCGGUACCGAGUGUGCAGGCGUCCGAGUUAACGGUGAGUGCGUGUGCGUGUCUCCACUCAAACAACUAUUCAAUGAUAUCCCGAAAUUUUUUAUGAAGUCAUUUCUUAAAAGUUUUGAAAACAGACCCGAAAGAAAUGAACAGUGUUAUGGAGCUGUUACAAUAUUUCUCUAUGUGCGUGCAUACACAUGCAUGAAGGUGUUAGUGCACGAGAUAAACAUCGCAUUCACUUGCUCAUGGACAAACAGCGACACGAGAGGUCAGGUAGACCACACAGAGCUUAAAGCCUCUCCAAAUCCUUUAAACUGGCACCAGAGUAUCCCUGAGGUGUGUUUCACUGUGCAAUAAAACUCAGGGCUCUCAAGUCUCACGCAUGUGGCGUGUGAGACACGCAUUCCCACACGCCACACAUCGUAUUUCUCACGCACGUCCACCAAGUUGCACCUCUUUAACAACUAAACAGGUAGGAAUCAAGCGAGUUCCCCGAAGCCAAUCAAAUAAAGUUUAUCUACCAAACAGCCAAUCAAAAAGUAGCAUUGCUGUAUCCGGGUAGAUGUUUAAGACAAACACUCGCCAAAAUGAAGCAGGUUUCAUAAGCACGAAAAAGACCACAUGAUUACAGUAAGUCAGUAACCCACACUUACAGAGGCCUCAACACCUCAUGGCAUAUAGACUCUUAUGAUAAAACUGUAGCUCUAUGCUAUUGCUAUUAACAGCUGCAUUGACGGAUUUAGCCUCUGUACAGACAUUUCCCUCAAAGUCCACCUGUUUUUUUCUGUGGAAAAGCAGCAUUUCUCAUAUAUUCUUUUUAAAGUGCUGAUACUCAUGACAAUGUAAUGCUCAUGUGCCAAAGGAUUAAGUAUCUCCAUGUUUGUGAAACCUAUACUGAAGUACAAUUCAUCUAAAUGCUCCACAGCCCUUAUUUUAACAACUCUCCUCCACAACAGGUAACUUUACUAAUUUAUGCUGAUAAAUAAUGACUUAAUUAUCGUAAGUAAUGACUUUAAUCUUUAAGUCUUAACAUUUAUUAGAUUAUUAAACUAACACAUUAUUUUCAAUCACUCUUCACCCUUACCCCCCCACAAAAAAAAAAAAAACUCACUCCAAGCUUAGUUCAAAACUUCAGAGCCUUGAAAAUUAGAGGACCACAAUUUCUUUAAACAAAAACAAUAUGUUAUGUAUUAUUUUGUAAGAGACUGAAUAUGGGUGCUGUUGUCCAGGUGAGUCCAGGUGGGCCAGGAGUAGUCAUGAAGUAUGGCUUCCCCUCCUUGGCAAACAUCAAGACCAGAGAGUCCUACGUGACCUCAUAUGAUCCCCGCACACGCACUGCUUCGUGGGUUAUAGAGAGACUCAACCCUGCUACCGUGAGUGGCCCCUCGGACAGAAAGCACUGCGAGUUCAAGGAGGAUGAAAGGUGAAUCUUUGGAGAGUAAGCAUCACUGAGUGUUGAGGACUGGUCAUGUCCUCUAUCUGUUGAUGUUUCAUUAAGUAGUCACGUUUUCUUGCUCUUCUUUCUCCCUGCAGUGUCCACGUGUUUCACAGGGCCACAAAUGCUGACUACAAGGGGAGUGGCUUUGACAGAGGUCACCUGGCUGCUGCCGCCAAUCACAAAUGGAAUCAGAAAGCCAUGGAAGAUACCUUCUACCUGAGCAACAUAGCACCACAGGUAGACACAGUGGGAGGGAAUUUAUCUAAGUGGAUUUUAGUUACUAACAGCACCAAAAACUGCUCAUCAUAUAAUGCUAUCUGCUUCAUCUAGAGGUGUCAUGUAUUAUUUAGAUCUCUUACUGAAAAAGCGCUCAUUAGAACCAGAGUAAAGCUUUCUGUAUGAUUUGUGUUGUGCAUUUUAAGAAUCCUCACCUGAACCAGAAGGCCUGGAACCAUUUGGAGAAAACAUGCCGCUCUCUGACAAAAAAUUACCUCAAUGUCUAUGUCUGCACGGGACCACUGUACCUGCCCAGGUAACACCUGAGCUUCUUCUUUGAUCUUGAAAUAUUGUGAGGGUGGGUACAGUAUGAUGCCACAACAUGUGUGUGUGUUUCAGGCCAGAGGCUGAUGGGAAGCUUUAUGUUCGAUAUCAGGUUAUAGGAAAUAACCAUGUCGCUGUGCCAACACACUUCUUCAAGGUAAACCCAUCUCUCUGUAGCUGCUACUGCUGUUUUCGCAACACUAUUUUCUGAGGAUUCACUUCGCUCUGUUCCUCCACAGAUACUGAUCCUGGAGCAGGCUAACGGCAGGGGCGUGGAGCUUCGGUCUUACGUUUUUCCAAAUGAACCUGUGGAUGAGGCAAUUCCGCUGGAGCGCUUUCUGGUUCCUAUUGAAACUAUCGAGAGAGCAUCAGGACUUCUGUUUGUCCCAAACAUUAUGAAGAGGACCAGCACUUUACAGGCGAUUGCUAGCAGAUGA